GGUGCCAUCGCAGUUCAAUUCCGGUUGCCGAGUCUUUUCACCCCUUUGCUCUGUCUUCAAAUGGAAAUGAUUUCUAUUGGCCCAAGGUGUCCAUGUAAAUAGGUGUAAAUGAAACCAGAUUAUGCCUUUCUCCCAGCCCCCCUCCUCCCAAGGCGAUUGUCAUGUGAUAGCAAAGAAGUGGCACUUUAAUGAAGCGCCUCUACAGGGGUCUUUUCUGCCCAUGUAGCCACAUAAAACUAUCAGAUGGUUAGAGGAAGGACAUGGAGGCAGCCACUUAGCUCGUCUUAUCAAGAGAGAGAGAGAGAGAGAGAGAGAGAGAGAGAGAGAGAGAGAGAGAGAGAGAGAGAGAGAGAAAGAGAAAAAGGGAUUGGAUCCAUUCGAGCUGGCCUGGGAAGGAGGAAGCUCCACUUCUGCUUUGAGAUCAUCAUUUUAUAGGACGAGCCUUGGCGUUCCUUCACAUAAACUGAGGAUCGCGCAUCAACAUACUGAACUUUCAUCCCACUGAAACUUGGGCGGGCUGCAUAGCUAUACAGUAAACCCGGAUCACUUUUUAUUUCAUGACCUUUUGAAGAAUUGUGCAAUACUUCUGCUGGACACGCAAAAAGAUUUCCCACUGAAUUUCCACAACAGAUUUUGGGGAGGAUGCCUAGACCUGGGAGAAACACUUAUAGCGACCAGAAACCUCCGUACUCCUACAUUUCGCUCACCGCUAUGGCUAUCCAGAGUUGUCCGGAGAAGAUGCUUCCUCUUAGCGAAAUUUACAAGUUCAUUAUGGAUCGCUUUCCGUACUACCGAGAGAACACUCAGCGCUGGCAAAAUUCCCUUCGCCACAACUUGUCCUUCAAUGACUGUUUCAUUAAAAUCCCCCGCCGCCCGGACCAGCCAGGCAAGGGCAGCUUCUGGGCUCUCCAUCCCAGCUGCGGAGACAUGUUCGAGAACGGAAGUUUUCUGAGACGCCGCAAACGCUUCAAGGUGAUGAUGACAGCAGACCACCUGGCACCCAGCAAGCCCUCGGACGCUGCCCACUACCUACAGCAGCAUGCCAAGCUGAGGCUCAGCGCCAUGGCAGCGACGGGCACCCAUCUUCCCCAGAUGUCCGGCUACAACUUGGGAGUGUCCCAGCCGUCCACGUUCAAGCACCCCUUCGCCAUCGAGAACAUCAUCGCCCGAGAAUACAAAGUGCCAGGGGGACUGGCGUUCUCCACCAUGCAGUCCAUGUCCGCCGGGUAUCCUCUGCACAACCAGCUGACCACGGCUUGGCCCCACAUGUACAGCACUAGCAUGAUCGACAGCGCGACGUCCAUCUCAAUGACCAGCAGUGAUUACAGUGCCUACGGUGUGCCCAUCAAGUCCCUGUGCCACGGGGGACAGACCUUACCGGCGAUCCCCGUCCCGAUCAAGCCGACCCCGGCGUCGGUGCCCGGCCUGACGGCUCUGCCGCACCACAUUCCCGCUUUCCUGACGAACUCUCCCCAGUCGCUGAGCCCGACGUCCCCGCAGACAGCGACCAGCCAAAGCAGCCCUGCCACCCCGAGCGAGACUCUGAUGAGUCCCUCAACCCUCGUGUCGGUCGCUGUGCACUGACACGAACAGGUGUCGUUGCGUGAGAACUAGGCCUCUUGGUCAACUCCUACUCCAAAGUUGAAUUUGAAUUAUAGACCCUGAAAACGUCUGCCGAAACAAACAAACAAACAAGCAAAACAAAAAAAAAAAAAAAACUCGCUAUACAAUCAAGGCAAGAGCUAUCUAUGUUGCGGUGAUGUUAAUUUAUGUGUAUGUGUUACAAAUUUUAAGUGUUGCUUUUGAUGAUUCUAAUCACAUGGAUCGAACACGGAUAUAUUUUAAAAGUGUCAUUGUUUUUCCAAAAUAUCUGAGAGUUUCUUUUCAGUUGAACUAUCCAGAAUUUAAGUGUUUAUUUAAUUGGUUGACUGUUGACAAAUUCCAAGCAAGCACUGCAAUCUGCGACAUGUCUGAGUUGCACAAGGCAAGUGCCAGUGCUUUGACAGGUUGUUGCCUAUUCAGACAAUUUACAGUUUUUGUAAACAAUUGUUGGUUUUCAGUUUGAAUCACAUUUGCCAAAUGUGCUGAAAGAUAUUAAACUUCCAUUCUAACAACAGCUGAAAACAAAAGCAUCUAGACGGCUUGAAAUGCUCUCUAUUUUAACUUUCUUGACAAGUAAAUUGUGUCUCAGUCUGCAUACCAAAUACACACACACACACGCACACACACACACACACACACACACACACUGACAGUAUCUGCUACAGUAUCGAACUUGAAAAUGAAAAUACAUUUUAAGGAUACGUUCAUCGCUAAAGGCGACGUAAAUAUGUGAAUAAUUGCAAAUAUGUGAUAUUGAAUUGUGUAAAAUGCACUUUUUAGUUAGAUGUUUUACAUUUUCUCGAUUUUGCAGGAAAUGUUUUGUGAGCGUUUAAUUUAAAGCCGUGGUGACCUUGUGUAUUAAAUGCCGUACAUUUGUACUUUUUGUUCAGAAAUAUGAAGCAUGCCUUUUCCAGACUUUGUGUUGUUUUGCUGCAAGCAUGCGUGCUUUUGAAAGCUGUGCAAAACGUCUGCAUUAAAUUAUAAACUUGGUCAUCAGAAUAUUUUUUCAUUAAAAUGGUGU